UCUCAUUGGAACAUUGACUGUUGUUUAUGCCAAUCUCAUUGGAACAUUGACAGUUGUCUAUUACAGUCUCAUUGGAACAUUGACAGUUGUCUAUUACAGUCUCAUUGGAACAUUGACUGUUGUCUAUUACAGUCUCAUUGGAACAUUGACAGUUGUCUAUUACAAUCUCAUUGGAACAUUGACAGUUGUCUAUUACAAUCUCAUUGGAACAUUGACAGUUGUCUAUUACAGUCUCAUUGGAACAUUGACAGUUGUCUAUUACAAUCUCAUUGGAACAUUGACAGUUGUCUAUUACAAUCUCAUUGGAACAUUGACAGUUGUCUAUUACAAUCUCAUUGGAACAUUGACAGUUGUCUAUUACAGUCUCAUUGGAACAUUGACAGUUGUCUAUUACAGUCUCAUUGGAACAUUGACAGUUGUCUAUUACAGUCUCAUUGGAACAUUGACAGUUGUCUAUUACAAUCUCAUUGGAACAUUGACAGUUGUCUAUUACAGUCUCAUUGGAACAUUGACAGUUGUCUAUUACAAUCUCAUUGGAACAUUGACAGUUGUCUAUUACAAUCUCAUUGGAACAUUGACAGUUGUCUAUUACAGUCUCAUUGGAACAUUGACAGUUGUCUAUUACAAUCUCAUUGGAACAUUGACAGUUGUCUAUUACAGUCUCAUUGGAACAUUGACAGUUGUCUAUUACAAUCUCAUUGGAACAUUGACAGUUGUCUAUUACAAUCUCAUUGGAACAUUGACAGUUGUCUAUUACAAUCUCAUUGGAACAUUGACAGUUGUCUAUUACAGUCUCAUUGGAACAUUGACAGUUGUCUAUUACAAUCUCAUUGGAACAUUGACAGUUGUCUAUUACAAUCUCAUUGGAACAUUGACAGUUGUCUAUUACAAUCUCAUUGGAACAUUGACAGUUGUCUAUUACAGUCUCAUUGGAACAUUGACAGUUGUCUAUUACAGUCUCAUUGGAACAUUGACAGUUGUCUAUUACAGUCUCAUUGGAACAUUGACAGUUGUCUAUUACAAUCUCACUGGAACAUUGACAGUUGUCUAUGA